CUGAUCCAAUUAGUUGGAAUUAAAUCUGCGGUGCGUUCGGUUGGUCAACAAUGUUGCGCCUCCUCUGGCUGCUGUCCGUCUGGGCCCUUUGUUGGUUGGGGACCAAGUCGGAGGAUCAUCAGCUGAUACGCAUACCCAUGCAGCGACAGGCAUCGUUUAUGGCCACACGGCGACAGCACCGAGCGGGGAAAACUUCGCUCUACGCCAAGUACAAUCUGGCCAAAGGUGCCACAGCGAUGGUGCAGCGCAGCAGCGGAGCCAGUGAGCCGCUGGACAAUCGCCAGAAUCUGGAGUAUGCUGGUCCCAUUAGCAUUGGCACACCACGGCAGCCCUUCAAUAUGCUCUUCGACACGGGAUCUGCCAAUCUGUGGGUGCCCAGUGCAGAGUGCUCGGCCAGGAAUGUGGCCUGCCAGCACCAUCAUCGCUACAACGCCUCUGCCUCGAGCAGCCACGUGGCUGAUGGCCGCCGCUUUGCCAUAGCCUAUAGCACGGGACAUCUCUCUGGCAUGCUGGCUCAGGACACGGUUGCUGUUGGUCGCCUGGUGGUGCAGAAUCAAACAUUUGGCAUGGCCAUCCACGAGUCUGGCUCCACCUUUUUGGAUACAAACUUUGCUGGCAUUGUGGGCUUGGCCUUUCGUUCGCUUGCGGAGCAGCAGGCCACUCCGCUCUUUCAAAACAUGUGCGAUCAGGGCUUGGUGGAGCAGUGUGUCUUCUCCUUCUACCUGAAGCGGAAUGGCAGCGCCCGGCAGGGUGGCGAGCUGCUCUUCGGUGGCAUCGAUGCCAAGAGAUUCACGGCGCCACUCACCUACGUGCCCCUCACCCAUGCCGACUACUGGCAGUUUCAGAUGCAGAGCGUGGAAGUUGAUGGCAAGACCAUCAGCCAGGGGCGUCAGGCAGUGGCGGAUACUGGCACCUCGCUGCUGGUGGCCCCGCCCCGAGAGUAUCUGAUCAUCAACAGCCUCCUCGGGGGUCUGCCCACGGCCAGUGGCGAGUACUUGCUCCGCUGCUCGGAGAUCGAUCGCCUGCCGGAGAUUGUCUUCGUGAUUGGGAGCCAGCGCUUUGGGCUGCUGCCAAGGGACUACGUGAUGCAGGUGGCCAACGAUGAUGGCUCCUUGGUGUGCCUGUCAGCGAUCACAUUGAUGGACACGGACUUCUGGAUACUGGGCGAUGUCUUCAUUGGGCGCUAUUACACGGCCUUCGAUGUGGCCCAGCGGCGGAUUGGCUUUGCUCCAGCCGCUUAAAUAACACGUUUUGUGGUUUGUGUUUCUAUUUCCUACAAAAUCUUUGACACAAAAUGAACCACAGAGAGAGAGAGAGAGCGCUCCAAAGAGAGUUAGUUAAUGGAGAACAGCGAGAAACCAGUUUGCGGCUAAAACAGCUGACAAAGUCACGUUCAGGUUCGGCGAGCCCAUUGAAUAUAUUAGCCACACGUUACUCAGUCAAUUUUGCACUGGGUAUAUUUGGUACACUCGGAUCGAGUUACCCAACAAAU